AUGCCCCCAAAAGUAUCGUCCAAAGGCGCCAAGAAGGCCGGCAAGGCUAAGGCCGUCCGCACCGGUGACAAGAAAAAGAAGAGGAAGCGAAAGGAAAGCUACAGCAUUUACAUCUACAAGGUGUUGAAGCAGGUGCACCCUGACACCGGCAUCUCCUCAAAGGCCAUGUCCAUCAUGAACUCUUUCGUCAAUGACAUCUUUGAGCGCAUCUCCGCCGAAGCCAGCCGUCUCGCCCACUACAACAAACGCAGCACCAUCACCUCCAGGGAGAUUCAGACCGCUGUCCGUCUGUUGCUACCCGGUGAGCUGGCCAAGCACGCCGUCAGUGAGGGCACCAAGGCCGUCACCAAGUACACCACCAGCAAAUAG